AGGGGGGGCGAAGGGCCGGGUGCUGCAGCCAGCGUGGCGAGCUCCGGUCUGUACAGCCUGGGAACUGCAGGGUCCGUCCUUCCAGCUCGCUUGUCAAAACAUCAAGGAAAUGCCAGUUCUGAUUGAAAACGGUCAUAAAUGGUGAUGCUGAACGCUGUGGUUCUGCUCAGUUCCGGACUGAUCGGUGUUGUGAAGAUGGUGGGAGGCGAAAGGCUUGGUUUGGAGUAAAAAGAUGGAGGGGUUGCAGAGACACGAAUUCUUCGUGGACAUGACCUGUGAAGGCUGCUCCAAUGCAGUCACCCGUGUCCUGCACAGACUGGGAGGUGUCCAGUUUGAUAUUGACCUGCCUAACAAGAAGGUGUACAUUGAGUCAGAGCAUAAUGUUGACACCCUAUUGGAAACUCUAAAGAAGACUGGAAAGAGCGCAUCCUACCUGGGGGAGAAGUCUGUGCAGUAGCCUGCUGUGAGGAGGCUAGGAACUCAAAACCUGACCAGCAAAUAAGAUGGCUUAAGCUGUUUGCUUAUCUCCCACCUUGCUCUGCCAUUUGACCUUUGCUACCCUGCCAGAUGUUGGAAAGGAGAGAGCUGGCAGGAGGAUACAGCUGCAUUUGGGCUUUAAAAGUGGACAAAUCUAGAGAAGGAGGUUAUAUGCUGUUUCUAGUCCCACAGUAAAUCGAGGUGCUGCUUCUAUCUUUCA